AUGGGCUCACGAUCCUCUGUAUCGCGAGCCUCGUCACAAACUAUUGUUGACCCUAUAGAAGAGCGGAACAAGGCUCUGAUCUCUAAAAUUAAGGGUGAGUAUGAUAGUGAUGCUGAUGAUGAGGACAACGUCCCUCCUACUCCUAGGAAGGGUAGAUAUGUUCCCCCACAUCGUCGGCCACCAUCUCGACAUCCUAAGGUCGAGAAGGAUGAACCCCCUCUCCAGUUUGGUGACUCGAGACCUCGAGAUCAACCUACAAGACCUGAGGCUAGUAAUAGGCCAAAUACUCGUAUUCCUGGUGAAGAACCGAGGCCACGACCAUCGCAGGCUCCACCACAGCCUAGGACUCGUGUAGGAGCUGCUGCACCUAAUCCUGAUCCAGGAGACGACGGAUCCUCUAGUGAUUCACAGGAUUCCACUCCAGAUCCUCCGAAUCUACCACCUAAUGGUCCUAACCCUCCUAAUCGUCACCCAGAUCCACCAACGCCACCUCGACAGCGUCCUAAUCGUCCAGAACGUGGUGCUACACCUCUAGUGCCUUCACCUCGACCCCAGGCCGUUCCUGUGAACACGCAGUCAAAUCACUAUGAUCUUCGCGAGCCUGCUAGUUACUUCGACUCUGUUUUGGCUCAUAACCAACCUCGUCGGCCACAACAAGCCCUGGACUUGACCUCACAUCGAGAGCAAAAUCCAGCACCUCCUCCACGAACUGCACCGCAUUCGGAGAAUCAUGCAAGCCCAAUUAAUGUGGAUAGUCCCACUUCGUCUCGUAAUCUAGGUGCAGGUCAUCCUCCUAACGAUCCUCCUCCUCCGCCACCACCUGGAGGACCAGGAUCUCAUCGUAGCAGUUCCAGUAGCCAACAUUUGUCACGCUCUGAUAACCCACAAGCUCGCGAACCGACUCCUGCUCAUUUUCAGGAAGUCCGUUUCACAUCUCAGGAACCUCGUUUCAACAACGAGGAGAUAUUCGAGUAUCUCCCUGUUAUGAGAUCUGAGGUUGAAAUUAUGCUUGCGAUUUUUCAGCGCUAUGAAUGCCUCGUGAAUCGCAAUCUCUUGCGUGUUCAACGAGGACUGGAUUCUAAUGUCCAGAAAACAUCUUUACAGAGUAUUCCUCAUCCCCAAAAAUAUGAGGGAAGCUCUGACCUUAUAGAAUUCGAUGAGUGGAUCUUCUCUAUCAUUAGAUGGAUGAAGAUCGCAAAUAUUUGUGGCCCUGUUUAUACUGAAGAUGAAUGGGGUGGACAGCAGCUUUCUGCCAUUGAUAUGCAGCGUACGAGCACUCUUGCAACCUUUUUAGGGGGAGACGCCCAUACGUGGUAUAACAAUGUAGUUGAAGACACACCUAUCGCUUAUACCAAUAAUGCGAAUGGUGAUGAUUUUCCUACUUUCAUGGAAGUAAUUAACGGUCUGUACCGUCGAUUUAUCCAUGAAUCAUCAUUAUAUGCUGUUAAUGAACACUUUGAGCGUGUUCAGUACACUUUUGAAGGUGGUGUUUGCCAGCUAUUUGAAGUCACUCGCAUGGGUCUUACUGCCGAGGUUUCGACUGUGAAUGAUAUUAUGCAGCAUGCUCUUACUGUUGAGAAGGGUAUCCGUGCAGAACGAUAUUACAGUCAACAAUGGCAAGACCAUAUAUCUCGACUUCGUAAGUCAUCAAAGGAGAAUGCCAUAUCUGCAAAGAAGAGGCAUUCUCCAUCACCUCGUAAAUUCAAGAAGGUUCAGGACAAGGGGAAAUCGAAUCCUAACUCGAAAAUCCCUACCUGCUAUGGCUGUGGGAAGAAGGGACAUUACUCCAAUGAUCCCUCAUGUCCGGAGUACGGAAAGCGAAGUUCCGGAGAGAAAUUGUACCACAUUGUGGAUGACAACUCUCCAGACAAUUCGUCUGUGAAUUCAGCAUCGGAUCAUGAAUCCUCCGAUGAGGAGUAUCAUACAGAGGUUGAAAACCCACCGGAUUGGACUAACCUCUCAGAAGAUGAACCUGGAAAUUCUUCCGGGCACCAGUCUCCCAAUAAUUCUGAUGCUGAAGACCCUUAUGGUGGAAGUCAGUAUACAUCCGAUGAGGGUACUACUGAUGAACGCAUGGGGUUUAUUUUUGAAGAAGAUAAUGAUUACUCGGAUUCAUCGGGUAUAUCUCACUUCUCUGAGCAUUUGAAUGACCAUACCAUGGAUCAUGAUGCAUCUAGCGAAGACUCCUCCUCAAUCUCGGACUCUGAUAGCGAUGGAAUGGAAUCUCAUGACGAGUAUGUCCUGGAUUUCCCUGAAUACCUUCGGGCAAUUCAAACAGAGCAGACAAGUGAUGGAAAGAUCAAAGGAUAUCGACCAACACUUGAGCCCACAAAAAUCCAUGCACCUCGGACUGCAUCUCGUCCAAAGCGUACAGCUGCUGAAAAUCGUUGCCUUGCUGCUUUAGUCACUAUCAAUGGAUGUGAAGCAUUUACUCUCUUCGAUUCUGGGAGUACCGCUGAUGCUAUCAGUCCAGAUUUUGCUCGCCUCGCAAAAUUAAACAUAUUCCAGUUGACGAAGCCCAUCACACUUCAACUUGGAACUAAAGGAAGUUGCUCACAGAUUAGCCAUGGUUGUAAUGCAUCCUAUAAAUUUGGGAAUGCUCAUGCAUUCAUCUCGGGUGAUAACUACUACUUUGAUAUUGCGAACGUUGACCGCUAUGAUGCAGUCCUAGGCACUGUUUUCAUGUGA